UCAGUCUGUAGCUGAGAUAGCGAAAAUGUUUUGAAAGAAGCAGCUUUUCUGCUCGGUCAUAAGACAGUCCGUCGUUCCGCCGGGGGUAGUGAGAGAGGAGGUCAUGUGGAAGCUGCCAUCGUGACCAGAGGAUGGAUAGGCGUGGUAGUGUGGUGGAGCCACACAGCGCUCUCCCCUCACCCUGUCCUCGAGACCCCCUGCUCUGUCCUGACUCGCACAUGGAUCUGCAGGGCUAUAAGUGGGUGCGCUGGCGGGUGUGGUUGUGUCGCGUGGCUGCCCUGCUGUCCUUGGGUCUCCUCCUGCUUGUGUUUCACUGGCGCCCGAGGCUUGGUGUCCUCACCCGCUGCUGCUCCUGCCCUCUGGCUCUGGCAGAUAUUCUGAUAAUCAGAGAUACUUUUGGCCGGCAGCAUGUGGUACAGGUGCUCACAGAAGAGAUGGAGGAAGGCAGUUUGGGGUCGUUUGCCGGGCUUGAGGACAAUGAAUGGAGAGAUACGGUUCAGCUGCAAAAGGAGGAGAAAACGCUGCUGCGCUACUACCUGUUCGAAGGACUGCGCUACAUCUGGCUGGACAGGAGAGGAGCCUUCUGUCGUGUCAGUGUCCUCAAUGAGGACUGGACCUGCAAGGACCUGUAUGGCUUCCAAAAGGGCCUGAGUGCCCUGGAGCAAAGCUCGAGGGGACGCAUGUAUGGGCCCAACCUUAUCGAUGUGCCUGUGAAGCCCUACCUGACACUGCUGUUUGAGGAGGUCCUCAACCCAUUCUAUGUGUUCCAAGUUUUCAGCAUCACACUGUGGAUGACCGAUAAAUAUUAUUAUUACGCCACGUGUAUAUUUCUUAUAUCGAUUUUCUCCAUCAUUAUCUCACUUCGUGAGAUCCGCAAGCAAAGCAUCACUCUCAAUAACAUGGCCCGGUUAGUCACUACUGUCACUGUAAGGAGAAGCUCAGGAGCGGAGGAGUGUGUGAGCUCAGAGGAUCUGGUCCCUGGCGACUGUCUCAUCGUCCCUCAGGAAGGCCUGCUGCUGCCCUGUGAUGCUGCCCUGCUGGCUGGGGAGUGCCUGGUCAACGAGAGCAUGCUUACAGGCGAAAGUGUUCCAGUGCUGAAAACCCCGCUGCCAGCAGGGGAGGGCAGGUUCAGCACGGAAACUGAGCGCAGACACACCCUUUUCUGUGGAACGCAGCUCAUUCAAGCCAAAGGUGGGAGGCCUGGGGGCGGCGGUGCUGUUGCCGUGGUCACAAGCACCGGGUUUUUCACAGCCAAAGGUUACCUGGUCAGCUCCAUUAUGUAUCCUCAGCCAACAGACUUCCACUUCUACAAAGAAGUCACCAAGGUCCUGCUCAUCCUGGGUUUUGUUGCUUUUCUAGGCACCAUAUACAGCUUUGUGGUCCUCUUCAAAACAAAUUCGACCUGGCUGGAGCUGUUCAUCAGGUGCCUGGAUGUUGUGACCAUCGCAGUGCCUCCUGCGCUGCCGGCUGCCAUCACCACCGGCACCAUCUACGCCCAGAGCAGACUGAAGAAACAGGGCAUCUUCUGCAUCAGUCCCCCCCGCAUCAACAUCUGCGGCAAGGUCUCCCUCUUCUGCUUCGACAAGACAGGAACUCUUACGGAGGAGGGUCUGGAUGUGUGGGGGGUGAUGGAGGGAGGACCUGCUGGUUUCUCAGAGCUGGUCCCAGAUCCUAGACUCCUGCUCCCGGGGCCCAUGCUCUCGGGACUGGCAUGCUGUCACACUGUGACACUCCUGAGGGGAGAGCCACUCGGAGACCCCCUGGAGCUCAAGAUGGUUGAGUCCACCGGUUGGACCCUUCAGGAGCCGGAGGGAGAUGGGAAUAAACUGGAUACAGAGUUCGGGAGCCACAGAGUUUUGGCUGUUUUGAGACCUCCACAACAGCUCCAAGCUCAAGGAACAUCCGGUAAAGCGGUGGCCAUCGUUCAGAGGUUUCCCUUCUCCUCGGCCCUGCAGAGGAUGAGUGUGGUGACGGUGGCCAGCGGCGGACACUCGGCACUCGCUUUCAUCAAAGGAUCCCCAGAGAUGGUGGCUAGCCUCUGCCGGGCAGAAACUGUGCCGGCGCAAUUCUCCAACAAGCUGCGUAGCUUCUCCACUGAAGGCCUCAGAGUUCUCGCCCUCGCCUAUAAACCAGUAGACGUGAACACUGACUUUAGCAAGAUUAAAAGAGCAGAGGUUGAGAAAGACAUGCAGUUCCUCGGCCUGCUGAUGAUGAAGAAUCUGGUAAAGCCUGAAAGUGCCCCGGUUAUUAACAUGCUGACGAUGGCACAGAUCCGAAGCGUCAUGGUCACUGGGGACAACAUUUUAACGGCUGUCAAUGUAGCAAAAAGCUGUGGGAUGGUAGGAUUUGGCGAGAAGGUGAUAUUCGUGAAUGCAACCCCCCACACUGCCCAGUCCAUGCCCACCCUGAAGUUCAGCCUGGAGGACGGAGGGGACCAAAGCUCGGCAGAGAUCAUCAAUCAGGGCCUGUACCAGAGUGGUUUUAACUAUCACUUGGCUAUUAAUGGCAAGUCCUUUGCUGCCCUCUGUGAUCACUUCCCUGAGUAUUUGCCAAAGGUUUUGCUGCAUGCCACAGUUUUUGCACGCAUGGCUCCCGACCAGAAAACCCAGCUGGUGAAAGAGCUGCAGAAAAUCAACUACCGGACGGGCAUGUGUGGGGACGGGGCCAAUGACUGCGGGGCCCUGAGAGCUGCUGACGUCGGGGUUUCCCUGUCUGAAGCUGAGGCUUCAGUUGCGUCACCUUUCACUUCCAAGACCUCAAACAUCAGCUGUGUGCCGCUGCUCAUCAGAGAGGGCCGAUGUUCUCUCGUCACCUCCUUCAGUCUCUUCAGAUACAUGGCUCUGUACAGCCUCGUCCAGUUCUGCUCCGUCCUCAUUCUCUACACAGUGAGGACAAACUUUUCGGACUGGCAGUUCCUGUUCUUUGACAUGUUUGUGGUGACUGCGCUGGCCAUCUUUAUGGGGAACGCAGGCCCGUCGAAGGAGCUGCAGGCCUGCAGACCCUCAGCCAGUCUGCUGACCCUGCCCAUCCUGGGCAGCCUCUUCAUCCACACCUGCAUGAUCAUUCUGGGCCAGCUGGCUGCAUUCUUCAUCACCACCAAAGAGGACUGGUACGUUCCACUCAAUUCAACAGUGCCCGGUGCAAAUAAUCUUCCCAACAUGGAGAACACCAGUGUGUUUGCCUUGUCAGGUUUCCAGUACAUCAUCAUGGCUGUGGUGGUCACCAAGGGCUUCCCUCACAGGAAACCUAUCUACAACAAUAGGAUUUUCCUCUGUCUACUGUUGGUGCUGUUUGCCCUGAUGACUUGGCUGGUGUUGUAUCCUGGAGCUUACGUGUGUGGAAAACUUCAACUGUACGACUUCGUUGAUAUGGAUUUUAAAAUGCUGCUCGUCGCCGUGGCUGCACUCAACUUCCUCAUUUGUUUUGUUGUGGAGUUGCUGAUAGACGGAGGGAUCCUGAACUGUCUCCGGUUGCUGUGCGGGGCGCGAGAGUCCAAGAAACGGUACAAACGCCUGAAGCUGCUUCUGUCUGAAUCCCCAUCAUGGCCGCCCCUCAAUCAAACCCUGUCCCCCACAGAUAACAUAGUCAUUGACUUUAGCUGACGUCCGCUCAACCAGUCACCCAGUCACCCAAGCCAAAAAGUGCAACUUGUUUAACAAUGCAAACUUGUGUUUACUUCUGUUAUUAAAACAUGUUUUUUCAUGUUCCAGCCUGACAUACACAUAUGAAUUAUAUUUUGGGGAUUUUAACUCAUUAAAUGCCAGUUUGCUGAAAAAAC